AUGUCGAUACACGCUCUCCCACAGACAGCUGUACGGACCAUUCGAUCCGGUCAGGCUUUGACCGAUCCUGUUUCUGUGGUCAAAGAACUCAUUGAUAACGCCCUCGACGCGCGAGCAUCCAACAUCGCUAUCGAGAUUUCGGCAAACACUCUCGACGUAAUUCAAGUCAAAGACAAUGGUCAUGGCAUUGCUCCAACUGAUAGACCCCUCGUGGCCAAGCCUUACUAUCUAGCCCUUGUAGGUUCAACCUAUCUCGGCUUUCGAGGUGAAGCCUUGAGCAGUGCAUUGGCAAUGAGUGAUGAAAUGACUAUCACUACAAGAGUUGAAGGCGAAACUAUUGCUACUGCUAUCAAGAUAUGUCAGACUGGCGAUCCGGCUCAGGAUCGUGCCACUCAUCCACCCGGAACCACGAAUCAGCCAGUGCGAAAGCAAGUCGCUUUGAAGGCUGCGCCCAAGACUUUGACAAAGAUCAAGCAGUUGUUGCAGUCUUAUGCUUUUGCUAGACCAGCUACGAGACUCUCGUUAAAAGUCAUCAAGGCCAAGAACGACAAGGAUAACUGGACUUAUGCGCCAAAGAUUGGUGGCGGCAUCGAAGAUACAGCUUUCAAGGUUGUGGGAAAGCCUUGUGCUUCUCAAUGCGCUUGGGCUGAGCUUGAGUACGAAGGCUUUACUGUACAAGCAUUUCUACCUCGCCCUGACGCACAUGCUUCGAGAAUCAGUGGUCUUGGACAGUACGUCUCGGUUAACGAUCGACCUCUUACUUCGUCCCGAGGCAUAUCCAGACAGCUGGUCAGAAUCUACAAGGAGAGCUUGAAAGAAUCCUACGAUGCCAACAUCGAGCCAGCAAAAGACGAUGUUCUAUUUGGUGACGUUGACAAAGUUGUGGAGGCUGUCAGAAGAUUGAUGUUGAUCUCCUACCCCGAAAAGGAUGUGUCAGAAGAACCUACAAAUGCUCAUGAGUCUACUAACAAUGGCAACAUGUAUGACCUCGAUGAGGACGACCUCACUCUGUUCAUGGAUUCGGUAGAUCAGCCCAGGAAUGAUGCUGUCGAGGAAGACGAGCCUUCCGAGUCCAUCAGAAGUGCCGCAGUGUCGAAUCCUUGGAUUACUGCCAAAAUGAACGCCUACAGCAACAAAAGGAACAACGUCAACUUGCAACUCCUGACUCCGGCCAAACAGGCGUCAAGUUCUACACCUGAAGCAAGUUCACCCGCUCUCGAAACACAUCGUCUACAGCAGGACACACCAGCAUUACCGACACCUCGACAAUCGUCGCCCGUGUUCGCUCAAUCAGAGGAGUAUGAGAAUGUCGGGCCUCGCCGCAUCAUAGGUCCUCUCAAUCUUCCUCCUCCAGUCCAUCACAUGUCACCUAUGCGAGAUAACAGUGAAGCCUUCGAAGCCUCUCCCGUACCCAAUCGUAUGACCCUUCCUCCUCAUCAAUCCUCAGAGGGUACUCCAUUAGACAUGAUACCAGAAGCCGCGCCAAGGAGACGAAGUCCACCAAAACAGCAACGACAGUUCGUCAACAAGCCUUUCGUGUCACCAGUCGACCCUGAACGUGAUGCAUGGUUCCACUUUCCCGAAUCGCAAUCGUCGAGGCAGUUCGCAUGGAAGGGACGAUCGCACAAGCAAAGUGGAUCGGGUCUGGUACCAAGUGGAGAGCCGUUCUCUUCAAGUGCUACGCCUCCUCCCAACAACACAGAUAUUCGCGACUUCCUCGGUCGAGGCCGAGAACAGCAGUCUGUUACCCCUGUGACAAACACUGCAGCAAACGCAGACAUCGAAAACGUGUCGCCAGAAGAGAGUCGCCGCGAGAUGCAGCCUAAGGGGUUCGUCAGGGCUAGUGAACUUGACCUCGCCAGCACUCAAUUCAAGGAGCCCACACGACCAGCCCCAGCACCAAAACCCAGACGCCGCAGAACAACAGAUGAGCGUGCGUUACAAGAAACAUCCGGCAAUGGCAGAGAAGAUGUCGAUGAAAGUGGUUCUGAGUACGAGGAUCGUCCUUGUCGCCGUCGUACUGGAGAAUCGGAUCCGAAAAGAGUGCGACGUAUCAAGUCUUCCGCCUUGGCACUUGAGAAAGUACCAGCAGAUUCACAAACUCAGUGCUGGACUGCUAUGUUGCCAGCAACGGUUGACGAUCUGGCUGAAAAUCUGCAAAACAUUCAGUCGGAAGGCACUUUUGUGGCGUGGAACGCACCUGCCUUUGAUACCGAAGCCGACAUGAAAAGAAACUUUACAGAAGGUGACGUGCAGCGCUGGACUUUAGCUGUCAGUCAAGGUUUGCUCAAGCUUGAGCCAGAAGGCGAGUUGGUACGCGAUCUGGGUGAUGUGGUCAGGAACGCUAUGAGCAGGUGGGGCUCAAUCGCCGCUGUCUAA